UGCAAGGGGGAAAGGAGGCUGGAAGUGCCCGUUAAAUCAUUCAGACCCCGGGCGAGCGGGGCCGAGGGUGCAAACGAGUAGAUGCACGGUAUCUUUUAUACCGCUUGCUUUUUCCUAGUCACCGGGGUGGGUGGCAACAAUGCAAAGGGCGAAGAAAUUCGGGAGGAGGCGAUGGCUCGGUACAGAGAGCGUGUUAAAGAAAUGUUUUAUCAUGCUUACAAUAACUACUUAGAGAAUGCAUUCCCCUAUGAUGAACUGCGACCUUUAACUUGUGAUGGUCAGGAUACCUGGGGAAGCUUUUCUCUGACUCUGAUUGAUGCCUUGGACACUCUUCUGGUGCUGGGCAAUGUGACAGAGUUUCAGAGAGUUGUCCACAUUCUUCAGGAUGGAAUGAACUUCAACAUCGAUGUCAAUGCGUCUGUGUUUGAGACCAACAUCCGAGUGGUGGGGGGCUUGCUGUCCGCUCACCUGCUCUCCAAGGAGGGUGGCAUCGCAGUGGAGCCAGGUUGGCCGUGCACGGGGCCUUUGCUCAGACUGGCGGAAGAAGCUGCUCGUAGACUGUUGCCAGCUUUCCAGACUCCAACCGGAAUGCCAUUUGGGACAGUGAAUCUGAUGAAUGGGGUUAAUCCCAGUGAGACCCCAGUCACGUGCACUGCCGGAAUUGGCACCUUCAUACUGGAAUUUGCUACUCUGAGCCGAUUGACAGGUGACCCUGUGUUCGAAGAGGUGGCAAGAAAGGCGUUGGACGGGCUGUGGAAAAGCCGAUCGGACAUCGGCCUUGUUGGAAACCAUAUCGAUGUGUUAACGUCGAAGUGGGUGGCACAGGACGCUGGGAUUGGAGCAGGCGUCGACUCCUACUUUGAGUACCUGGUGAAAGGAGCCAUCCUGUUGCAAGAUGAAGGCCUGAUGUCGUCUUUCCUUGACUAUGAAAAAGUGAUUAAGAAUUACACCAAGUUUGAUGAUUGGUACGUCUGGGUUCAGAUGUACAAAGGCACUGUCUCCAUGCCUGUCUUCCAGUCUCUGGAAGCCUUCUGGCCAGGUCUGCAGAGCUUAAUUGGCGACAUUAACAAUGCAGUGAAAACUUUCCACAACUACUACCAGGUUUGGAAGCAGUAUGGAGGACUCCCCGAAUUUUACAGCAUUCCUCAGGGUUCAACUGUGGACAAGCGAGAAGGCUAUCCACUACGACCAGAGCUUAUAGAGAGUGCUAUGUAUCUGUAUCGAGCCACAGGCGACCCAACCUUCCUGGAACUGGGCAGGGAUGUGAUUGAAGCCAUUGAGAAGAUAAGUCGUGUCGAUUGUGGCUUUGCUACUGUCCGGGACCUGCGUGACCACAAACUGGACAAUCGCAUGGAAUCUUUCUUCCUGGCAGAGACGGGUGAAGUAUCUCUAUCUGCUCUUCGACCCGACAACUUCCUCCAUAAUGAUGGGAGCACCUUCCACACGGUCACCACGCCGUAUGGCGAAUGCGUGCUGGGUGCCGGCGGCUACCUGUUCAACACAGAGGCGCACCCCAUUGACCCUGCGGCCUUGCACUGCUGCAGCCAACACCGGGAGGAGCGUUGGGAGGUCGAAGCGCUGAUGCAAGACUUCCGCAGCGCGCAGCAUGAGGAUGGACUGAACAAGGCAGGUUCUUUGGAACAGGCUCGCCCACAAAGCAAGAGCAAGUGGACAGCUCGAGCUGGGAACCAAGCAAGAAGAACAAAUAAGAAAGUUCCGGUGCUGAGCUGUCCGAGCCAGCAUUUCAGCUCCAAACUCGCUGUAUUAGGUCAAGUGUUUACAGACUCUUCCUAGUCUUGCAUCUUAAAUUUUUAUUUAUGAAAUCGUGGAAUAAAGUAUCUUUUU